AUGGAGAUCUUCUCCUUCCUCUUCCUUUCCCUUCUCUUCCCUCUCUGUCUCUACUUCGCUAGAGAAAAGUCCCGCGAAACCAACAAAGGCUUCAGAGUCUACCCUUUCAUCAGAACCUUACCGGAAUUCCUUAAAAACCGCCACCGGUUCCUCGACUGGACCACCCAAGUACUCCGCGAAUGCCCAAACAACACCGCCGUCUUCGCCCAUUUCUAUAAAACCCACUCCGUUCUAACCGCCAACCCCGCCAACGUGGAACACAUGCUAAAAACCCAAUUCCAAAACUACCCAAAGGGCGAACGUUUCAUCCACCUCCUCCAAGACUUCCUGGGCCACGGAAUCUUCAACUCAGAUAGCGAACUCUGGAAGGUGCAGCGGAAAGUCGCCAGCUAUGAGUUCAGCACCAAAUCACUCCAUAACUUCAUCGUCAACACCGUCACCGAGGAACUUCAAAACAGACUUCUUCCAAUUCUCUCCAAAUCCUCACAGACAAACAGGGUCCUCAAUUUGCAGGACCUCCUCGAGCGCUUCGCCUUCGACAACGUCUGCAAGCUAGCCUUCAAUGUCGACCCCGCCUGUCUCGGUGGCGACGGCGCUUCCGGCGCCGAGUUCAUGCGCGCUUUCGAGGACGCCGCCGAGCUGAGUUCACAGAGGUUCAUGUGCGUGACACCGUUUAUUUGGAAACUAAAGAAACUGUUCAACGUUGGAUCAGAAGGAAGGCUCAGAGAAUCAAUCAUCUCCGUCCACGAGUUCGCUGACUCCAUCAUACGGUCCACAUUGGAAGCCAAGGAGCCCACCGGCGACGGCGAAGAUUUACUUUCGAGGUUCAUCAAAGCAGAGGAGAGCUCCCCAGAGUUUCUCCGCGACGUUGUGAUAAGUUUCAUUCUCGCCGGACGUGACACGACGUCGUCCGCGCUCACCUGGUUCUUCUGGAUUCUCUCUUCCAGACCUCACGUGCGGAGAAAAAUUCGCGAUGAAAUCGCAAGGGUUCGGUCGGGCACCCGCGGCGUUGGCGUGUUCAGUUACGAUGAGCUGAGGGAGAUGCAGUACUUACACGCGGCAAUUUCGGAGACAAUGAGGUUGUAUCCGCCCGUGCCGAUUGACUCGAAGGAGUGUCUGAACGGCGACGUUUUGCCUGAUGGAACGAAGAUUGGGAAGGGAUGGUUCGUAACGUACCACGCGUACGCAAUGGGGAGGAUGGAGAGCGUGUGGGGAAAAGACUGCACGGAAUUUAAUCCCGAAAGGUGGUUGGAGAAUGGCGCCUUCCGACCGGAGAGUCCGUUUCGUUUUCCGGUAUUUCACGCAGGUCCCCGGACGUGUCUUGGCAAAGAAAUGGCUUAUAUUCAGAUGAAGUCGAUCGCAGCUUCCGUGAUGGAGAGGUUUGAGAUUGAGGCACUUAAUAACGACACGUGUGCAGAACCUGUGUUGUCUUUGACCCUCAGGAUGAAGGGAGGGUUGCCAGUGAGGGUAAGAGCAAGGGAUGGCUUCUAA